AUGCCUGGAGAUGCAGCAUCUGCAGCAGUUCAUGCGAUACCCGUGAAUGCCCACCGUCGCAAAUUGCCGAGAAGGAGAGGGAAAGAGAGAAAAUCGGGCAGUGCUGAGGUGAAGUCCGAGCUUUUGCAGGGUUCAUCCGUCUGGUGAUUUAGCCGGCCCAGCGGUGGUUCUCGAAGCUGUAUCAUGCGACUCUGGCCAAGCUAAGAAGCGCAGAGUGACGAACACGGUCUGCGACGACUCAAUUCGGGCUUAUUAUUUUUUUUUUUCCUCUCUUCUUCAUUAUCAUCAAUCUACACACAUACGCGAUACCAUUCAAGCAUUGAUUGGGAAAUAUUCCACUCGCUACAUCUCGUCCUGCAGCUCGCCCAUCAACACCAAGCCAAUGAAAGAGACACAGGCAGCAAGACCACAACACCAAGAAGCCGCCGACAUGCACACCUCCUUCGACCCGUCUCUUCCACCGCCCACGGUCCGCGAAGAAGACUGUCCCUUCUGCGCCAUCGCCGCCGCCCACCCGCCCUUCAGCGCCAUCGACCCCCCGCACCCGUUCCCGUCCAACCUCACCGAGCCGGCGUCCUUUGUCGUGCUGUCGACGCCGUCGGCCAUCGCCUUCCUCGACAUCCUGCCCCUCAGCCACGGCCACCUGCUGCUGUGCACGCGCGCCCACCGGCCGAAGCUGACGGACGUGACCAACCCGGAGGCGCGCGAGCUGGGCAGCUACAUCCGCCUGCUGUCGGCGGCGCUGGUGCGCGCGACGGGCAUCGCCGACUGGAACGUGGUGCAGAACAAUGGCGCGGCGGCGGCGCAGGUCGUGCCGCACAUGCACUACCACUUGAUCCCGCGACCGGAGAUUCGCGCCAGCGGGAGGUAUCGCGAGAGCUUCACCAUGUUUGGGAGGGGCCAGCGGGAGGAGCUGGAUGAGGAGGAGGCGGAGCAUCUGGCGGAGGAGCUGAGGCAGCAGAUUGCGGAUAUAUUGAGGGAGGAGCAGGACGAGCGGGAGAGGAAGAGGAAGCCUCCGCAAAAGCUAUAAGGGGCGAGCCUUUUUUUUUUUUUU